UGGAGUUAGUCCCCAAAUCCCAAACUCCCAAAGGUUUAGGGUUUUAGCACACUGAAAAGCAUCACCGUUUAGGAACUCCUUCGUCGCCAUUUCUGGUGAUUUCAUCUCUUUCAGAUUCACGAUCGAAUCGCUGUACUCAGCUCUCUCCUCCUCCUUGAAGCCGCCUGCGCCGUCGCUAGCUAUUAGUGCUUCGAGAAUUUUCUGUUCGUGUUGCAGCUGUCCAUGGCAAGAGGGUCGGCAAAACGGUUGCUUUACUUGUAUUCCUGCAAAACCAGUAAUCCUUUUAAGGUUAGAUGUUUAUUUUCGCGUAGCCUACAUCGAAUCUCUUCGACGGAACCUCAAAUCCCUAACCAGUUACGGUUGCCAGUAGCGCAAUUUACCCAAUCGACGAAAUUCGGCAUUUUUACUGAUUUUCAUAAACAUUACUUUUGCACACUUCCUGAAAAACCUUCUUUAGAUUCGACGAAAGCUAAUUUACUUGAAUCUCAAUGUGACCAAUCUGUAGAAGAAGAAAAGGUUCUCGUUUCUGAAACUGAUUAUGUAGAAACAGGAGAAAAGAGAACAGGAUUUUCCGAAGAAAUUACAGAAAAGGAUCCCGUGGAAAUAUAUAAUGGGCUUAAAGAUACUCUUGAAGGCGACAGACAAUCCCGCAGUGAUUGGGAUACUUUGACUGAAAUUUUUAGGUGUUUUGCAGAAUCCGCCUGGGCUUCCGACCAGGCUCUAGCAGUGUAUAUUGGUGCCUCCUUCUUCCCAACUGCAGCUCGAAAGUUUGGAAAUUUUUUCAUGAAGAAGAGUAAGGCUGAUUUAGUUAAGCAUCUUGUAUCCCUCAGCGCCGGUGAUCAGGCAGACAAGUUUUUGUUCCCAAUUUUCGUGGAGUUUUGUAUGGAAGAGUUCCCUGAUGAAAUAAAGAGGUUUAGGAAUUCUGUGGAUUCGGCCGACAUGACUAAGCCACAUACAUGGUACCCCUUUGCUAGGGCGAUGAAAAGGAAGAUUGUUUAUCAUUGUGGCCCGACGAACAGUGGGAAGACGUAUAAUGCGCUGCAGAGGUUUAUGGAGGCGAAGAAAGGCGUGUACUGUAGCCCUCUUAGAUUGUUAGCAAUGGAGGUUUUCGAUAAGGUGAAUGCAUUAGGGGUUUAUUGCAGUCUCGUUACAGGGCAGGAGAAGAAGGUGUUUCCUUUUGCAAACCACAUUGCCUGUACUGUUGAAAUGGCAUCAACGGACGAGUUAUAUGAUGUAGCUGUAAUCGAUGAAAUUCAAAUGAUGGCUGACCCGUAUCGCGGCUAUGGAUGGACUAAAGCAUUGCUUGGACUGAAGGCUGAUGAGAUACAUUUAUGUGGGGAUCCGAGUGUUUUGAAUGUAGUUAGGAAGAUCUGUUCGGAUACUGGCGAUGAACUCGUGGAGCAUCAUUACGGCAGGUUCAAACCUCUUGUGGUCGAGGCGAAGACACUCCUAGGAGAUCUGAAAAAUGUGAGGUCAGGAGACUGUAUCGUGGCGUUUUCUAGGCGAGAAAUAUUCGAGGCUAAGUUGUUGAUUGAGAAGUUUACAAAACAUCGAUGUUGUGUCAUAUAUGGCGCCUUGCCACCUGAGACUCGUCGUCAGCAGGCCUCUCUGUUCAACGAUCAAGGCAACGAGUUCGAUGUCCUGAUUGCCAGCGAUGCUGUAGGAAUGGGCCUGAAUUUGAAUAUUCGAAGAGUUGUGUUCUAUAGCCUUUCCAAGUACAAUGGAGAUAAAAUGGUUCAAGUGCCGGCAUCUCAAGUGAAACAGAUUGCUGGAAGAGCGGGAAGAAGAGGAAGUCUGUACCCGGAUGGUCUUACGACUACCCUAAACCAAGAGGAUUUAGAUUAUUUGAUCGAGUGCCUAAAAAAGCCUUUUGAGGAAGUUAAGAGAGUCGGGCUAUGGCCUGUCUUCGAGCAAGUUGAGUUAUUUGCAGGGCAAUUUUCUGAUUUGAAAUUCUCUCAACUUCUUGAGAAAUUUAGCGAGAAUUGCCGGCUUGAUGGAUCUUUUUUCCUGUGUCAGCAUCAGCACAUAAGAAAAAUCGCUAAUAUGUUGGAUAGGGUUCCGGGAUUAUCUUUAGAAGACCGUUUCAAGUUUUGCUUCGCUCCUGUCAACGUCAGGGAUCCGAAAGCAAUGUACCAUCUUAUGAAAUUUGCUUCCACGUAUUCUCUGAAACUUCCUGUCAAUAUAGCUAUGGGAAUGCCGAAAGGAGCUGCUAGUAAUGAUUCCGAGCUUUUGGAUCUUGAGAGUAAACACCAAGUGGUGUCGAUGUACAUGUGGUUGUCGAAUCAUUUUGAAGAUGAAAGAUUUCCGUAUGUUAGGAAGGCUGAGCUUAUGGCCGUGGGGCUUGCAGAAUUGUUGGGUGAAUCUCUCAUCAAGGCGAACUGGAAGCCGGAGUCGAGACAUGUGGGGAAAUUGAAGCCUAAGGAAAAGGAAAAUGUUGGAAAGGAAGAAAAGUUUAAGCUUCAAGAGAGGACAGAUGAAGAAAACUCGAAGCUUCAAGAAAAGAGCGGCGAUUAUGAAAGGCCAAUGUCGUUGAUUAAAUCUCGCCAAAAAAAAAGGCAAGAGCACGCAGGGCUUCCCGGGAACAUAGCUGCAUAAGAUCUUGCGCUGAAGGUAAUGAAGGGUUGCCGGGAGAAUUAUCUUGCUCGAUUUCUAGAAAGCAUUUCUCCUCGGCACAACUGAUCCGGUCGGAGUUUUUGCAAGGUGUCGUAAAAUUCAGCUGAUAGUAAUUCAAAAGGACGGUAAACUCUCUCAGAAGCUCCAGGGACUCUAGCACCAGACAAAUCAACACCGUUCAUUCCAUUCAAUCAACGGCCUCCAUACAUCCAGCAGUAGCCCACAGCGAAGCCCGUCAGUCACACUCAGACAGAUUACCAAAAUCCCAUGUCGAAUUCCAGAAAUCCAUCCAUCGGCCUAACCGCGCAUUGAAUUCUUCGUUACGACGUCGUUUUGAUGGCAUAACGGAAACGGUGCCCCAUUUCCAUUCAUUGACUGCAGCAGCGGCAGUGCAUGCCCUCUUCGUGUCGCCAAAUCCUCGCUGCUGCGUGCGCAAAUUAAUCCCCAAAUUUCCUUCAAACCCUAAAAAAAAAAAAUCAAUUGAAGGGAACGGAAUAU